AUGCUGCAUCCAAUACUUGAUGUCAGCAAUCUCAACGUUGUUCUUACUGUUCUAAGUCUCUAUGUUCUUUUGUUCGGCUUUAUAUCUCUCCAGUUCAAGCAGAGAUGGUACCUGGGCGAAGCAUUACCCGCCUUUCUUAUCGGCAUCUCUUUUGGACCAUUCGGUACCAAGUUUCUGGAUGUUUCACAAUGGGAAGAAGAAGCUGGAGAGAGCAGCGAGAUCACAUACGGCUUGAUGCGUUUUGUUAUUGGAAUUCAGUUGGUCAAAGUUGGAUACCAAUUACCGAACAGAUACAUAAAACAGCGCUUCAUUGAAUUAAUCAUCUGUUUACUUCCCCUCAUGGGGAUAGGAUGGGUUCUAACAUCUUCAUGCAUUAUGCUUAUGAUUCCAGACAUCUCAUUUCUCGCAGCGUUGAUCAUCGGUUCUUGUGUAACAUGUACCGAUCCUAUCUUAUCACAAGCAAUUGCCAAAGGACCUUUCGCCGACAAAUACGUCCGUCGGCAUCUCCGAGAAUUUAUAUCUUCCGAGGCCGGUGGGAACGAUGGGUUCGGGUUUACCUUUCUAUUACUGGCCGUUUCACUUUUACGGUACGUUGAAACUCCUGCAAAUACUGUUAGCCUGGAGGAAUUCGACCUAGUUCAGGGGAUCCCGGACCUACUCGGCACCUCUAAUGUGGGACGCUUUGGCGGAGGCGCUGGUACUGCACUUAAACAUUGGGUUGUCGAAGGCGUAUUGUAUAUGAUCGUAUUAGGAGCUGCUUAUGGUACCCUAGUCGGCUUUGUUUCUCGUAAGCUUCUUGUUAUGGCACUUAAAAGAAGGUGGAUUGAGAACGAAAGCAUGUCCCUCGUGCCUCUGGCUCUUGGGAUGCUAGUCGUUGGUACCUGCGGUUGCUUCGGUUCGGACGAAACUCUUGCCUGUUUCGUCACCGGAAGCUUCUUGAAUUGGGAUGGCGUAUACAACACUGAGAUGCAGGCUCGCCAUGACACAUUCAACCCUACCAUCGAAACUCUCCUAAACUUUGGCACGUUCAUGUAUCUCGGUGCCGUCAUGCCCUUUGAGCAGUUUAAUAUGCCCCACGACACUGGAAUAACGCUCCCGCGCCUAUUCGGUUUGGGAUUUUUGAUCCUAGUAUUCCGUCGGAUCCCAGCAAUUCUACUCGGAUAUCGAUUCAUGCCCUCCGUCUGUGGCGACUGGACUGAGGCCUUAUUCAUGGGUUACUUCGGCCCGAUCGGCAUCGGCGCGAUCUCCUAUGUAGAAUAUGCCCGUCGACUCUUUCCUGGGCCCGGCCAAAGUGACAGUGAAAUCAACCGCUUAACUACGGCUAUGAAACCCGUCGUAUACUGGCUCGUACUUUUCUCCAUCAUCGUUCACGGCUUAUCCGUCCCAAUCCUAAACGCAUUCUACAAGAUCUGCCACGUCCCUUAUAUCUGUGACCACCCGGUGGAGGUCCUCCUUCUUUCCAAUAACGAACCUAUCCCCAACAACAGCACAGCCAACCGCCCACGACACUCAGUGAUAAUCAACAACCGGUUCUCACGACCCCCAAGCAGUGAUGACGGGACGGACGACGAUCAGCAGGACGACGAUACGACAGCGAUACUCAGAAGCGAAGAGAGUACCGAGGUAGAUACUCGACCGAACUCACGAUUCUCAACACGAACGACAGACCGUGUGGUCGAUACAAGGGACAUAGUAUAG